GGGCCGGCGCCGGGGCCGCUGUGGGCUCCGCUCUCCCGCCGCUCGCUGUCGGGCCCACGGGCCCCGCGCCGGGCUCAGGAUGCCGCUGGGGUUGAAGCCCACCUGCAGCGUGUGCCGCAGCACGUCCUCUUCCAUGUGGAAGAAGGGCGGGCAGGGCGAGAUCCUGUGCAACAACUGCACGGCCCGCUCGGCGCCGCCGCCCCCCGCCGCCUUCGCCACCACCUCGGCCGCCGCCCAGCACAGCAACGGCGGCGGAGGCGGCGGAGGCGGCGGCGGGAAGCAGAGCAAGCAGGAGAUCCACCGCCGCUCCGCGCGGCUCCGGAACACCAAGUACAAGUCUGCGCCCGCCGCGGAGAAAAAGGUUUCCACGAAGGGCAAGGGCAGGAGGCACAUCUUCAAGCUAAAAAACCCCAUCAAGGCUCCUGAAUCCGUAUCCACUAUAAUUACAGCAGAAUCAAUCUUUUACAAGGGUGUAUACUACCAAAUUGGAGAUGUUGUUUCUGUGGUUGAUGAGCAGGAUGGAAGAACAUACUAUGCUCAGAUCCGUGGGUUUAUUCAGGACCAAUACUGUGAAAAGAGUGCUGCACUAACCUGGCUCAUUCCUACACAAGCCAGCCCCAAAGAUUGUUUUGACCCAGCAUCCUAUAUCAUAGGACCAGAAGAAGAUCUCCCAAGAAAAAUGGAAUAUUUAGAAUUUGUUUGUCAUGCACCUUCGGAAUAUUUCAAAUCUCGAUCAUCUCCCUUCCCUACUGUUCCUACAAGGCCAGAGAAGGGCUAUAUAUGGACUCAUGUGGGACCCACUCCUGCAAUCUCCAUUAAAGAAGCUGUAGCAAAUAAUUUAUAAUUGUUUUUAAGAAAUACUUUGGACUAGUUAUUUUGGGGUAUCCUCCAGUUUGUAAAUCCUAUACAAGAAGUUUUAAAAAUUACAAAAUGUACCGGUUUACUUUACGGAUUAUGGUAUUUAUUUAUUUUAGAUAUAUCAGGUCUUCAAAAUGGAAGUUUUCAUUCAAGUUGAUGCAUCAUGUCACUGCUCAUUUCUUCAGACAGUGUUGCUUAUCCUGGGACAAAACCAAAACUUUCAUGUCGUCUUUGACUUCUGAAAGUUGCCUGUAGUGUUCAUUCUUACUUUUCAUUUUCCAGAAGAGGAGUUUAAAAGACAUAAUCAUCCAGCAUUUUACAUAGCAUGUUUACUUUAGUUAACUGUAACUCCUGGUUUUAUUUCCUUGUUAAAUAAUUUAAGACUAGCUUCACCUAAAUACUAAAAUGGUCAGUGAUGAAGUCAAGAGUUACAUGGAGAGGAGUGAUCUACCUAGAUUUCUCCAAACUAAAACGUCAUCUCCAAAGAGGGGCUCUAGCAGUCACCUUUUAAGGGAAUUUUAUUCAUCUGAAUCUGAAAUGUGGGCCUAUGUUAGAUAAGGGCAAAAAUUUCGUGGAUAAUUGGAUGCAAAUUCAAAAAGUAACGUUAUUUGCCAUUUUGGCAUUCUCACAGCAGAAAUGUAUCUGCAUUUCCUGAGCAAGCCAACACUGACAUAUGAUUUGAAUUUCAGAUUGUUAAUAUUUGUUUGCCUGUUAGAUUGGACUCAUAAAAUUUAUUUUAAAUUGUUUUUUCAGUCUUCAUAAUUAAUGAUGGUAAGAAAAAAAAUAGUCAGGCAAUUCAAAUGAAAAAAAAAUUCAGUAAGGGAAAUAAAAACUAAUUUUAUGCACUGGCAGUCUCAGGAUGACAAAGAAAAUGUUUAAAUUGCAGAAUGGGAGAAAUGCCACAUACUAAAAUACCAAUGAAGUUUUCUGCCCCAAACUUUUCACAAGCCAGUCAGCUCCAAACAGGAUGAGAUAUGCUUGAAUGGCAUGAAUUCCAAGGGCUUAAGUGUUCCUCCUACCUGUGAAGGAUAAGAAUUGUAAGUGGCCUUAAAAGUACUGAUCUUUUCAGUUGUUUUUUUUCUUUGUACAAACAUAUGUGACCAGCACGCAGAAGGCCCAAAUCACCUUUAAGAUAUUGUAUGAAAGCAUAAAAAUGUUGCACUGGGCUUAUGUUCUAACUUUGUGAAAGGCUUUGAUUUAAGAUGUAACAUAUUUGAAAGUCUCAGGUAUUGACAACUUUUAAUACCCGUGAGGGCAGGAACCAGAUAAGAUUUGUUUUGGCCUGCAGCCUCUGUUCUGUCUUCUUCAAAUACAAGGAAGAACAAUCAGCCUUAAGGGAGUAGAUGCUAAAGUUAAGGGAUACUGUCAAUAAUUCAAAAUGCUCAGAAAUUAGCAGAAGAUUGCUAAUACAGAGUUAAAUCUUAAUCCUUAGUUACUUACAAAGAUGAGAUGUGUGCCCAUGUUCAGUGUGUUGUAGUGAUUAAUCCAAGGUGAUCUCACUUCUCUGUUCUCUCCUUUCAAUUCCUCUGGGGAUUUUCUUCUUUUAUUUCUUUAUUACAAGGAAAUAAAAAUAACAAGUCUUAUAUUUACAGUAACCAGAAUGACUCCCUCGACUCAAAUGUUUUCCUUCCUUUAUCUACAGUCCACAAGGUUUUCACUUGGGAUCACUGUAAAGUCCCUGUGCUGUCUCAGCAUAAUCCAUGGACCUGUCCUCUUCUAUCUUACCUUAUCUAAAUUAUCAGGGUUGGAAAAGACCGUGAUGAGUUUCAUUGAGUCCAGGGAUGCUUUCCUUGUCAGAUCCUCACAGGAAUAAGGAAGAAAACAAAUGAAACUUAGAUUCUUUCCUUGUCAGAUCCUCACAGGAAUAAGGAGGAAAACAGUGCUUACAUUGUUUUGUUUUUUCGAGUUCCUACAAGGAACACCAAAUGAAAAGUACUUCUUGCCAUUUGCCUUAUUUGUCAAUAAAUUGUAAUACAAUUCUUCUUUCAUCAGAAUACACCUUUCUAAAAUUUA